AAAAAAAAAAAAAUAGUAAUCAGAAAACCUGGGAAGAACCAAAUUUACAUCAUCCACAACCACCAUCAUCAUCAUCAAGAAGAAGACAGACAGACAGACAAGCUGACGAUGACCGUCAAGACUCGAAGACAGCUGAUCAACGAUCGAACAUCAAAACUAGAACAAGAACAAGAACAAGAACAACUACCAAAGCAAUCCAUACCACUACGAACCACCUCAAGCCAACUAACAACAACAACAACAACAACGACAGACCAAGAGCAAGAGCAAGAGCAAGAUCAAGAGCAGGAUGAGGAACCAGACGACUUCCUCUUCUCAGACGACCCAGCCCAUCCCUGUUCCCAAACGCACCUCAACAACCGAGCCAACUACUCAUCAGCGUCCCGGAAUAACCCGUUCUUCUUCGGCCAACCGGACGAUAAACUGGAGCCAUACCAAAUGAAACACGACGACUCCGUCAAAUGGGUCUAUCGUCCCUCAACCUUGACAGCCGCCGCCAUCGGAACCUCUGUCCUCGCCAGUCUCGCCUACAACAGUCACAUCUUCCCGCGCUCCUUCCGCUCUCAUCUCGGCGUCAUCUCAGGCGUAACCGUCUUUCUGGUCUUCUGCAUGCUUAACUUUCGGGACGGACCAUUCAGGCGACCCCAUCCAGCAUUCUGGCGGAUUGUUCUAGGCCUCAACCUCCUAUAUUUCAUGAUCCUAUCGUUCUUAUAUUGGACCGACAAAUCUUCAGCCCGAGAGUUGAUCCGAUACUUCGACCCCUCCCUAGGGGUCCCCUUGCCCGAGAAAAGCUACGCCGAGAACUGCGAAUUCACGCCCCACAACGUCUGGCAAGGCAUCGAUAUCUUCUGUCUCGCUCAUAGUCUUGGAUGGUUCGCUAAGGCUGUCGUGCUUAGAGAUCAUUGGUUUUGUUGGAUCUUGAGUGUCGGCUUCGAGGUCAUGGAAUACUCACUCCAACAUCAUUUACCUAACUUUGCGGAAUGUUGGUGGGAUCAUUGGAUCCUAGACGUAUUGAUAUGUAAUUGGGGAGGAUUAUGGUUAGGAAUGAAGACCUGUGAAUGGCUCCGAGUUUCGCCCUUCUCCUGGCGCGGCUUACGGCCAGUGGUGGUGAGCGAGAACCUGACGACCUCGCGACGAAGGGCAGCCAAGUAUGCUGCCCAACAGUUCACUCCUCAUGAUUGGACCGAGUUCCGGUGGGAAGGCACCAAGAGGUUCCGGAAUUAUAUCUCAACAGUCGCACUCUUAACAGUCUUCUUGCUCUCCGAGCUAAACGUCUUUUAUUUAAAAUCCUUACUAUGGCUGGCGCCCGAGCAUCCGAUCGUGAUUAUCCGCUUGGCGGCCAUGUUCUUAUGGGCCUUACCUGCGGUUCGAGAGUACUAUGACUAUGCUACUUAUACUAAACGCGUUAAACGCAUGGGCUCUCAUGCUUGGCUUUCGAUGGCGACUGUAAUUUUGGAAUUACUGAUAGUGAUCAAAUGGUCGAAAGGAGAAUUCGAAGAAUCAGUGAUGCCGAUCAAAGUGAAGAUCUUUUGGAGUAUCACGUUGAUCUUAUUGAUCGUCUAUCCGGCCAUCAAGUUCGGCUUACCUGCACUCAAACAACAUCAGCAUCAUUCUUCUUCUAAAAAAUCUUCUCGGACUCGUUAGUUUCUUCUGCGGAGGGGUGGGGUGGACCCACUAGAAUGAUUUCAUCAUCUUCAGCUUCAAUUUCUAAAUCAUCAUCAUCAUCGUUUUUCUGUUCUUUCUGAAAUAAAAUUGUUUAGAUAUAGAAAGAUAGAUAGAUAGAUAUAUAUAAUAUGUUUGAUAUAUAUAUCAGCUCAUCUCUGAUCUCUAUGCUUAAUUAAGAUAUAAAUACAUUUUUCCCUUUCUUUUAUCUAUUGAUUUAUUUAGA